CAGCGCGGCGGGCUGGCCGGCUGGUCUGGCUUCAUACACAACGUGUCGUUACCGAGGAGGAGGCGGCAGCUUGGACCUUCGGCGUUUGUAGGAACCGGAUCUGCUCAGCAGCUCGUGGGGACGCUCGCUGCCUCAUUGGCACAUGUCCCGGCGGGGUGGAGCGUAGCGGGGCCGCCUCUUGUUUUGCGGUCUUGUUUUGUCAGCCUCUCAACAGUGCAGCUGCAGCGGCCGUCCGGAGAGCAGCGUCCGACCCCAGCGGAGGAUCUUCGGUGGACGUUAUUUCUCCCGUUUUCGACCGCAGGGGCGCAGUCAGAAGCCUGGGAGGUGGAUCCGCCUGCGCGCAGCUUCCAGGGGCAGCGUUUGGUCGAGAGGACCGAAUCAGAGGACACGGCGGGUUUCCAGGCUGGCGUCGUCCCGUCCUGACGGACUGUUUUGCCGCUGGAGCCUCUUCGUCGCCGGAUGGAUGCGAGUGCGCGGGGAGAAUACCAAUGAACGGCGCGCUGCGUCCUGCUGAGGCGCACCGCGUCCCCCGCUGCUGCUGAGGGCCACAGCAGAGCCGACCAGUCGUCCAGAGCGCGCCGGGGCCCUGCGGACCACCUCGGUCUCGACCUGAGGGAUUUCACACCCUCAGACCAGGAAUUACUGAGCGGGUUUUAUUUGCCAGACUCGGGUUGGAUAAAACCCUCCAGCAGCUGCAGACAUGGGCAACAGCUUCUCCAACAUCUCUGCCUUCCAGUCUCUUCACAUCGUCAUGCUGGGUUUGGACUCUGCUGGGAAGACCACAGUCCUUUACAGACUCAAAUUUAACGAAUUUGUCAACACGGUUCCCACGAUCGGGUUCAACACCGAGAAGAUCAAGCUGAGUAACGGCACCGCGAAGGGCAUCAGCUGUCAUUUCUGGGACGUGGGGGGCCAGGAGAAGCUGAGGCCCCUGUGGAAGUCCUACAGCCGGUGCACCGACGGGAUCAUUUAUGUUGUGGACUCUGUGGACGUUGACAGGCUGGAGGAGGCCAAGACCGAACUGCACAAAGUCACCAAGUUUGCGGAGAACCAGGGCACGCCGCUGCUGGUCAUCGCCAACAAGCAGGACCUGCCCAAGUCUCUCCCAGUGGCGGAUAUUGAGAAGCAGCUGGCUCUGCACGAGCUCACCCCCUCCACCACCUAUCACAUCCAGCCUGCAUGCGCUAUAAUAGGUGAGGGGCUUCACGAGGGUAUGGACAAACUGUAUGAAAUGAUACUGAAGAGGAGGAAAUCCCUCAAACAGAAGAAGAAGCGAUAACGGCCGCUGCUCCUGUGGACAGUGUUUCAGUCUAAUUUACUGUAAGGAAUCAACAGGUUUACUUUGCAGUGAUUUUCUUUUAAAAUAUCCUGUGUUUGGAUUAAAGCUGUUCGAUGCUGUGAAGCUCUGCUGAAUGAUGCUUUUGCAGGACAUAACGUACAAAACAACCAAAAAGACAAAAGAAAAGAAACUUGAAAGGACUCUUCAGAUCAGCGUGGAGGAAGAUGAACAGCUGGCCUGUUUAUCUGCUGCUGCAUCGUGGACUUUGAACAGUUUGACUCUGAAGAAGCAGCUCCUGCUGUAGCUCGCCGAGGACUCAUAUGGGCUCCGGUGGUUUUUAUUUCCACCCACAGGAGGUCUACUGUGGAGACACGAGUCUGAUUUUGCACGAGGCUCGGGUCGCUUGUGCCCCCUGCUCUUUUUCUUUUGGACAGCAGGCACCAGGCUUUGAUUAUGGAUGUCAUGCCGACUGUUUUUCUGGAGCAUUGAAGUAGCCUUUCCUCUGUGUGGAGGACAGACUGUCCACUACUUUGCACUUUUCAUUUCCUAACAAACAGUAGAGAACUACACUGUAUUAAUAGAGGAGCAGAUCCAGGUGGUUUAUGUACUAAGAAACCAAACUUUAAGUAUUUUUUGAAUAUUAAAAGAGUCAAAAUCCA